AUGACGCAUGAUACAAGUGAAGGCCAGUCAAGCACGAGCACUGAAGUCCAGAAUCCAGAAGAACACACUGAUCAAUCUUUAAAGAUUGCUGGAAAUAAAUAUUACAUCCGCAAACCUGAAAAAACAUUUAAAUGUCAUGAAGAUAUUAUUGGAAAAAUCCAAGGAAUAUCGGGUCUAGAGGAGGUGAAGUCUGUGGAAGAGUGUGAUUUUCUAGUGGUUUUCUGCAUGAUUGCUUCAAGAGCAGGAACUGACAUUGAAGCUGCACUAAAGGAGCUUAAUAAACUUUCAGAGUCUAAACCUGCCAUUUUUAUGGUGCUGCAUCACACAUUUGACAAAGAGAAAACUGUACCAGACAGCAGCAGGAGUGUAAACAGGAAAAAUACGCUCACAGUGGAUUUUCUGUUCUAUGAGGAUGAAGGACUCCUGGAGUGCAUAAAAAAUGCUGAAGCAUUUAUGAAGAUUGAUAAAUGUCUGCCAUCUCAGAUUCAGGCUGGCUGGUUUUCCUUCGUUUACAAUUUCUUUUCAAACAUGUGGCCAGUGAUCAGUCCCUGUGUGGACCCAGAUGCACAAGCUGAAGAGCAGAAAGGUGAAACAGGUGACAAACAGAAGACAACAUUGUUUGAAGAAAUAGAUGUACUACUGGAGGACAAAGAAGAAACUAUUGCAUCAGAACUUCUGAUUGUCCUGCUGGGCAUGUCUGGAUCUGGGAAAAGUGCAGCAAGAAGCAUGAUAUUUGGGCGAGAUGAAAGAAGUCAGGCUGGUGUCUCUACAGCCACUCAGAAGAUAACAAAAGAGAGAGGAAGAUUAGAUAGAGACCAGGUGUCUGUGUUAGAUACUCCUGACUGGUUCAGUUCUGGGUUCUCAAUGGAGCAAAUUAAGCAAAACAUACAACUCAUUAGUAUGUGUUCCUCCGGACCUUAUGCUUUCCUUCCAGUUAUACCAAUAAAAAGUGAGUUUACUGUAGAGGAAAGAGAGAUGGUGGAAAAUAUGGAGAAAGCAUUUAAAGAGAUAUCCUGGGAGAGGGUAAUGAUCCUUUUCAUUAUUACUGAUGAACAAAAAAAUCAAAACAUAGAUCAGAGCAGCUUUAUCCAGCACUCAUACUACCAGGAGCUGGUGAAAAAAUGUGGUGAAAGAUUUCAUUUGUUCAGUUUUAGUCAGACAGGGAAUAGCAAUCAGCUACUAGAGCUGCUUGAGAAGAUAAAGAAGAUGGUUGGAGGAAAUGUCAGUGAUGUCUGUAAGGAGGACAAGAACCAGACCACUUCUAAAACGGAUGAAGCUAACGAACCUAAAGAUGAAAGGGAGAUAAGUUACAUUCAAGUACAACUGCCUAAAUCUCAGCGCACAGUUUGGAUCUCCAAAAAAUAUAAAAAACCCUGAAGUGCUUAGUAAUCUGAAACAGAGGUUGCCAGAUAAUUCAGAAACUUAUGACAGUGAUGAGUUUGAAGAACUUGACUAUUUCAAAAAAAUCUGAAGAAAAUCACUGCUUGCUUAAAUGAUUAAAUUAGCAUGUGUGUUCACAUUAUGGGCUGCAACCAGAAAUAUUGAACAGCUUUUAACUGCAGAAUCAACAAAAUAUAUAAACAACUAAAUAACAAUACUGUAUAUUAUUAGGUAUGGUAACUGUGUUGACCUCUGAUCAAUUGUCAUAAAUAUUUUGUUUAGAUAAGGUGCUUUCACUGUGUUUUCACUGAGUCAAAGUUUUUUGUUAGUUAAACUAUUGUUAAAAUUUUGUUAGAAUAGUUAGAAUAGUUAAAAUAGUACAAUUUUGGGUGUUUUAAGAUAACAUAAAAAAGCAUUAAAAGAGGAAACAACAUAAACGUGUUUUCAGUUUUAACAUGAUGGAAUAAAGUUAUUAAAGAAAUCAAAACCAGGUUUGCCAUA